AUGCUCGCUGUCUCGGCCCUCCUCAUCUCCGCCGUCGCCGUCGUCGCGACCCCCAUGUCCGGCGACAACAUCAUCGCCGCGCGUACCAUCCAGAUGCGCCAGAGCCUGUCGGAGUCCAUUCCCGCUGCUUGCACGGCCGAGUGCACGACCCUCGAGACCAUCUACAACGGCUGCAUGAGCGGAGACACCGCUACCUGCCUCACCAUCUGCUCCGGUGACAACCUCAGCAACGUCGAGUCGUGCCUGACUUGCGUCGCCAACGCCGACGGCCUCUCCGCCGCCACGGUCGAGACGAUCCUCAGCUCCUUUGACGAGACCUGCGCGGCUGCUGGCACCGGGCUUCCUUCGUUCACCCUCACCGGCAUCACUGCGACUGGUGCUUCGGAGGCCACUGGCGCUGUCACCAUCGAUGACCUUACCGGCAUUGCUACGGCCAGCGACAGCGUGUCGGACGUGAGCUCGGCCACUGAUGCUGUCGGCGUUGCGGGCGUCGCCACCGCGGCCUCGGAGACCUCUGUCGCGGCCGGAACGACCGCAAAGGCUGCCGCUACGACUGCAAAGGCUACGGCCACUGGCAGCAGUGGCGCGUCGACUGCUGCCUCGGCCUCCACCACCGCUGCUGCCAAGAGCGCUGGCUUCUCGGCCAGCUCCAUCUCGCUCGGUGCCGUCGGUAUCGCCCUCGCCGCCUACUUCCUCUGA